CCGUUGGCGACCGUUGACAACCGUUAGUGGCCGUUGGCGACCGUUGGCCCCACUCCCCUCCUCGGGCCGGCGCCGCGGGGGGAGCCCGGCCGCCCCCUCCCAGCCGUGGGCCCCGCGGGGAGCGCCUCGUCCCGGCGGGGCUCGACUCGGGCAGCCCCGUCCCGGGGAGCGUCCCCUGCCCGGGAGCGCGGCCCGGGGUCCGGCCACGGCUGGGGAGCGGCGGGGCCCGGACCUCAGGCGGGGGGAGCGAAAGCGGAGCCGGCGACGCAGGAACCCGGCUGGCUGCGAUGUCCUCUGUGCGCAGAAGCUGAACUGGUAUGGAUGUGUAAAUAUUUUCCCGUCUUUGGUGACAAAGAAGCUGCUGUAAUAUGAGAGUCUGAAAAUAGCAUUGAGAAAAACGACAAAAUGAGUAGUCGUCGAAAGCGUGCACCUCCAUCAAAAAUAGAUGAUGUGAAGAAAAAACAGCUCUGCUGGAAUAUGCAUGAAGACCGGAGAAAUGAGGUGAUAACAUUAGAUGAUGAAAUGACCAAUGAGGAUGAUGUUCCAGGCCCAAGCACUUCCUCUUCGUCCUUCAUUGUUAUAAAUGAUGAUAGCACUGAUGAGGAUCUCAGUCAAAAAGAAGACACUGGUUCAAAGUCUGUUAAGUUUUUUACUGUUAACGACGAAGAAGACUCUUAUUCCACCUUGACUCCUGUGUCGGUACAGCUAAAUAUUACCGUCCUGCCGUACCGUGCAGAUGGGUCCUGGAAAGCUUUGUUGGGAGAAUUUGCUCUUUGUCAUCCUUCUGAGCAAAUUCUAGCUGAGGAAUUCCAUGAAAGGGGCUUUACUUUGAUGAGAGGAGACUCUGACGAUCACCUGCAGGUCUGCGUCCAUAAAAGAAGCGAAGAAGAGUACAGUAAUGAAGCAAAAGAAUACCUGGGUGCUUAUGAACAAAUUAUUAUGGUGGAACCAACUUUAGGUGGUGAAAUAUUGGAAGGCUUGAGAUGGUUGCAAAAGAAAAAGAUAAUUGGCCUUUAUCAAAGACCUGCAGAGGCUCAAGCUUUAAAGGUUGGAAUUUACCUUCUGGAAGCUGGGCUUAGUAAACCUGAUUUUCUCAGUGAUGGAGGUGGAAGACCCAAAAAAGCUAAUCAGCUGAUUCAAAAACUCAUGGAAAAGUUCUAUAGUUUUAUAAUUCCAGAUGUGCUGGAGGAAGAUGAAGAAGAAUCUGACAUGGAACUCGAGCGCCAAAAUAUCGAGGAGCUUUACGACUUUGUAAGGCAUACCCAUCAGCAGGAUAUCCAAUUGCUGAGAGAGGAUGUGCAGCAUCCUGCCUUAAUUCCCAUUCUGAGGCCAUACCAAAGCGAGGCUGUGAAUUGGAUGCUUCACCGAGAGAACUUCACAGGCACUCCAAGCAGUGAAAAUGCACUGCACUUCUUAUGGCGAGAGGUCAUCACUCUGGAUGGAGUGAAAAUCUACUAUAAUCCAUUUACUGGCUGUAUUAUCCGUGAAUAUCCAUGUGCUGGACCUCAGUGGCCUGGAGGUAUUUUGGCAGAUGAGAUGGGUCUUGGAAAAACAGUAGAAGUGUUGGCUCUUAUUCUGACUCACACCCGACAAGACAUUAAGCAAGAUGAUCUGACAUUACCUGAGGGUAAGCUUGUGAACUUCUUUGUUCCACCUCAACCUUUAGAAGGAAAUAAAAAGAAAAAAACAAGGGAAAUGGAGCUGAAAUUGAAAGAAAAAAUACAAUAUCCCAGCUUACGAGUGAUGGUAUUAGCAGCUGUAAAGGAGAUGAAUGUGAAGAAAGGAGUAUCCAUUAUUGCAAUAUUUAAGUAUAUCAGUGCUGUCUAUAGGUAUGACGUACAGAGAAAUAAACGUCUUCUCAAAAGAACUCUAGAAAAACUGAUUGCAGAACGAGUAGUGGAACAAGUCAAAGGACAUGGUCUGGCUGGGUCUUUCAAGCUAGGAAAGAAUUACAAGGAACAGAAGAGACGAGAGAGAACCAAAGAACAGAUAGCAAGGACUUCAGGAAGGAUUCAGAAGAAGCAGUUGACUGAUGCUAAUAGUCAAACCAAAGAAUCAAAAAAUAGUGAUGUCACUUCUGAAAAUGUCCUUAAAAUCCCUUUACGAGUAGAUAUCGCCACAGAAGAACAUGAUUAUUGUGCAACUAGGAAAAACAGCCAGAAAUCUGAAGUAGAUCACGAGAACUCUGUCAAAGAGAAUGAUGUUCAGCAGGAAGCUGUGGUCCCAAAGUCUCUUGACUUGCAUGGCAGCCUCCUUGUUUCCAGUGAUAUUAGCAGUCAUCCUGCUCGUGAUGUUUCUAAAAGUAAAGCUGAAGUCAAACAGGAAAUUCCAAAGGACCAAUCCUCACAUUCCCAAGAACAUGCCAGCAGUAGUGUGCAGCAUGCAAGUUCUGUAUUUCCAUUUAAUACCUCUGAAUAUCGUUUUGAAUGCAUCUGUGGUGAGCUUGGAUUGGUUGACUAUAAAGCUCGCGUGCAGUGCCUGAAGUGUUCUUUAUGGCAGCAUGCGGAAUGUGUAAACUACAAAGAGGAAAACUUGAAGAUCAAGCCCUUUUACUGUCCCCACUGCCUUGUGGCAAUGAAACCAGUUUCCACAGGAGCAACUCUGAUAAUUUCUCCAAGUUCUAUUUGUCAUCAGUGGGUAGAUGAGAUCAACAGGCAUGUGAGAUCAUCAUCUCUUCGAGUUCUGGUGUAUCAAGGUGUGAAGAAGCAUGGCUUUUUGCAGCCGCACGUGCUGGCAGAGCAGGAGGUGGUUAUCACCACAUACGAUGUCCUCCGCACUGAACUGAACUAUGUAGACAUACCCCACAGCAACAGCGAAGAUGGGCGCCGUUUCAGGAACCAGAAGCGGUACAUGGCCAUCCCAAGCCCCUUAGUAGCAGUGGAGUGGUGGAGGAUCUGCCUUGAUGAAGCACAAAUGGUUGAAUGUACUACUGCAAAGGCUGCUGAAAUGGCACUCCGUUUAAGUGGAAUCAAUCGCUGGUGUGUCAGUGGCACUCCUGUGCAGCGAGGAUUAGAAGAUCUGUAUGGAUUGGUUCUUUUUCUUGGAAUUGAUCCUUACUGGGUCAAACAUUGGUGGGACCAGCUUUUAUAUCGACCUUAUUGUAGGAAAAAUCCCCGUCCUCUGUACAGUUUAAUUGCCAAGAUAAUGUGGAGAUCAGCAAAGAAAGAUGUGAUUGACCAAAUUCAAAUUCCGCCUCAGACAGAAAACGUACACUGGCUUCACUUUUCUCCUGUGGAGAGACACUUCUAUCAUCGCCAGCACGAGGUGUGCUGCCAGGAUGCAUUGGCAAAACUCAGGAAGAUUUCAGAUUGGACUCUUAAGCUUAGCAGCCUAGAUAGAAGGACCGUGACAUCCAUUCUGUACCCUUUGCUGCGGCUGAGGCAGGCCUGCUGUCAUCCGCAAGCUGUUCGGGGAGAGUUCUUGCCAUUACAGAAAAGCACCAUGACCAUGGAAGAACUGCUAACAUCUCUGCAGAAGAAAUGUAGAACAGAGUGUGAGGAAGCUCACCGUCAGUUGGUGUGUGCUCUUAAUGGCUUAGCUGGUAUCCAUAUCAUUAAAGGAGAAUAUGCAUUGGCUGCAGAACUGUACAGAGAAGUGUUACGUUCUUCUGAAGAGCACAAAGAAAAGCUCAAAACAGAUUCCUUGCAAAGACUUCAUUCUACACACAAUUUGAUGGAAUUGUUGGCAAAGCACACAGGAAUUCCUCCAACUUUGCGUGAUAGCCGACUUGCAGAAGAGGCAGAACAACUUCGACAGCAUUAUAUGAGUAAAUCAAAUGCAGAAGUUGCAGAAGCCCAUCAGGCUUUACAGCCAGUUUUCCAGACCAUUCGGGAGCUCCAGAGAAAGAUACGUUCUGGUUCUCCUUGGUGGCUGGAUGUCAUCCAGACUGCAAUACAGUAUGCCAUUGAUGAGGAACUUGUUCAACGUGUGCAGAAUGAAAUAACCAGCAACUACAAACAGCAGACAAGUAAACUCUCCAUGGCAGAGAAAUUCCGUGACUGCAGAGGCCUUCAAUACCUGCUCACAACCCAGCUGGAUGAAGUGAAGAAGUUUCAGAAGAUUGUAAGAGAAGCAGUGAAAAACUUAGAAGGCCCUCCCUCAAAGCAGGUUAUUGAGGCUGCCACUAUCUGCCAUUUGCGACCUGUUAGACUUCCACUUAACAACUGUGUCUUUUGUAAGGCUGAUGAGCUGUUCACAGAAUAUGAGUCGAAACUCUUUUCUCAUACUGUUAAAGGCCAAAUGGCUAUAUUUGAAGAGAUGAUAGAAGAUGAAGAAGGGCUAGUUGAUGACCGUUUGCCCACCACAAGUAGAGGACUGUGGGCAACCAGUGAAACUGAGCGUGCCCUGAAAGCUAUUCUCUCCUUUGCUAAAGCUCACCGGAUGGAUGUUAAGCUAACUGAAGAAGGUAGCAUAUUUCUGGAACUCUUUGAAGCAUGGAAAAAGGAAUAUAAGUUACUUCAUGAAUAUUGGAUGGUGCUAAGGGAUCACGUGUCUGCUAUUGAUGAACUAGCAAUGGCUACAGAACGGCUGAGGGUGCGUCAUCCUGAUGAGCCAAAACCAAAUCCACCAGUUCUCCACAUCAUAGAGCCACAUGAGGUAGAGCAAAAUCGAGUGAAACUUCUGAAUGACAAGGCAGUUGCUAAAUCACAACUACAAAAGAAAUUAGGACAACUGUUGUAUCUCACUAAUCUGGAGAAAUCUCAGGAUAAAACGACUGGGGGAGUUAAUCCAGAACCAUGUCCAAUCUGUGCACGUCAACUUGGAAAACAGUGGGCAGUGCUGACAUGUGGACAUUGUUUUUGUAAUGAAUGUAUAGCUAUCAUCAUAGAACAGUACAGUGUCGGCACACGCCGGAGCUCGAUUAAAUGCGCCAUUUGCAGGCAGACAACAUCUCAUAAAGAAAUAUCAUAUGUCUUUACUGCAGAAACUGCAAAUCAGGAGGAUGAUAUUCCUGUAAAGGGGAGUCAUUCUACCAAAGUGGAAGCUGUGGUUCGAACGCUGAAGAGAAUACAAUUUAAAGAUCCAGGGGCUAAAUCCUUAGUUUUCUCAACGUGGCAAGAUGUAUUGGACAUAAUUUCAAAAGCUUUGUAUGACAACAAUAUGACUUUUUCUCAAAUCAAUGGAAUUAGUAAGUUUCAGGAAAAUCUCUCUGCAUUUAAAUACGAUCCCAAGAUCAAUAUUUUGCUGCUGCCCCUUCAUACUGGUUCCAAUGGACUAAACAUAAUCGAAGCGACUCAUGUUCUGCUUGUGGAACCCAUUCUGAAUCCUGCACAUGAGCUUCAAGCCAUUGGCAGAGUACAUCGUAUUGGCCAGACAAAAUCUACAAUUGUUCAUAGAUUCCUGAUAAAAGCAACAAUAGAAGAAAGAAUGCAGACUAUGCUGAAAACUGUAGAUAGAAGCCACACAAGCUCUUCCAUGAAACAGUCAGAAGCUUCAGUUCUGACAGUGGCAGAUUUGGCUGACCUUUUUACAGAGGAAACUGAAGAACUUGAGUAAAAACAUUGAUUUGACCUCGUGAUAUCAGAAAGUACCUGAUCUAAUAAGCACCUGUAUAUAGUCCACUUGAUCUGUCAUUCAUUUAAAUACCAUCUAACGUGUCCUUAAUAGAGCUAUCGGAAAUAGAAAAGUCUUCUAAUUGUUAACAUUUUAUUCUGUGGUGACAUUCUUAGCAGCACACGUUUCUGAUAGCACUGGAGAAAACUUGCACUUUGCACAUUAAACAAAAAUCUGGAUUUUAUUUCCAAAGAACAUUUGAGCUGGAUGUUGAAACUGAGAUCUUGAACUGCUGGAUUUUUACCAUCAGGUUGGAUUGGUUAGUGAUUCAGUAUGAGAGCAAAACUAUGUGGGUGGUGGGGUGGGAGAGGGAAGCAGAAAAACACAAAUCUACUUUUUUUUUACUGUACAAAGAAUUGUUAGGAAGAAUGACUGUAAAUUAAUAUUCUUCUAGAAAGGGCUUCUAGGGUUGUUAGCAUUUAAUGCCAAGCUACUGAAUGUCUUACUGGUAACACUUUAAUCUUUAUUAAUCAUUUGGAUAUUUGUAUUAGGCUUUUAGAUAUUCAUAAAGACUUGUGUGACAAAUUUCGUUGUUAAUGCUCACUCACUACAAAAUGAUAAAUUAAAUUAUGCUUUUUGUAUGUGUGUUGGUCUGGAACUCCGUUAAACACUUGAACAUAAUGUACAUGUUUUUCACUUACUAUUAAAACCAUGACUACUUUAGUGCUUUGUUUAAACAAAAAAAAAAAUUGUUACAGAUUUUUUUAAAAAAAUAAUUGGUUAAGCUGCAGAUCACUUUAUAAACAUUCAGUGCUUAUGUACACUUUCUCCUCCUGAUUUUUUUUGUCUAUUUGUCCCUCUCAAAGAUGCAUCAGUCUAAAUAUUCAAAAUAUGAGAUUAAGUUAGGCAGUCUAAAUGGUAGGUACCUAGUCUAAGUUAGUUAAUCAGUGAAGGGGUGAAACUUUUGCAGAAUUUUUCAUCUUUAUGUGUGUGAGAACACUGUACACUAUCUCAGCUGACUAUAGAAAGAGUUUAGAAAACAAAUCUAGGCUGACUUUUAAGAUGCUGAAGGUAGGCAAGAUAAAUUCUAAACCUUUUGGCAUAGGUUAUGGACACACAUUUACUUAACGUCAAGCAAGGUCAGUUACACAGUGUUAUGUUUAGAGAAUGUGAAAAUGUAUGCAUAAGCAACAGGCUACUUCCUUCAGAGUACAGUAUUUACUGUUUUAGCAGACAGUGUUUUUUGUAUAUUUUAGAAAUCUUACUUGAGAUUAACUAAAAUGAGUCCUUUAAGAAAUCUCAGUGUUAGAAUUUUUAUUCUUAUGCCUGCUAAAUAGACUUGCCAUAUAAUUCUUGUUUUUCUGUUUUCAAGAACGUUUUAUUUAAGUUGCAACUGGUAGCCUUUUGGGUAUUAAGCCUAUCUGCAUGGCAAACAGAUUUUCCUUUGCUGACACCAAAUGUGAAUUGAAUUACAUGACUAGUAUUGCAUCAAGAAGUCCGUCUUUGGCAUUCUGUUGUCCAUCUGGGCCAAUUAGAUAACUUAUUCUAAAGACUAUUUCUGUAAAUUUACAGACAAUGAUUCUUUAUUUCCUGUAUUUGUAAUAUGUACUAGUCAUAUUUAUAUAUUUUGUUUUGGGGAUCACUGUUUUGCAGAUUACAGUUUGCAGCAAGGGAAAUUGAGUACAUAGUAGACUUUUUUCAAUGAGAGUGAUCAAACAGUUUGCACAGACUGUGACAUCUCCAUCCUUGAACGUAUUUGGAACUCAAAUGACACUGAGCAACCUGAUCUAGCUUCAGAGUUGGCCCUACGUUGAGUGGUGUGUUGGACCAGAUGACCUCCAUGGAUCCCUUCCAGCCUAAAUUAUUCUACAGUGUAUUGGAGAUCACGCUGUACAGACACUCUAGGAACUUUAAGGGCAGCAACAUUCCAGUUUUCUCAUCAUCCUCAGAGAAUUUCAAUACUGUACAAUGUAAUGUGGUGGAACAAGGAGCUUCUGUUCACUGUGAGAAAUUAUAUAUCUGUUUAAAAAAUGUGGAAGCAAAUAAUGUUUACAUUCAUAGCUCCCAUUUUAAAUAGCUUGUUGUGGGAAUAAUCAUUGUCAGAAGCAAACUGAAAAAUAUCUGCUGUGAAAGGUUUCCUAAGCUCUGCAAGUUCUUGGCUUGUUUGUAUAAAGAUGGCUGUUUAAAUGUUUAUUUACAAAAAUGUGGGGUUUGGAUUCCAAGCCAAAAGCAUAGCUUCUCAUCAAGCAAUGCGUGAGAUGGUUUAGUCCUGACUGUUUUUUAAUGCUUACGUAACAGCAUGCAAUGCCAGAGACCUGAUUCUGAGCACUGAGGACUGGCGUGCCAGAACCCAGAGCUCUGGAGGCAUAACAUUAAUACACUUCUUACAGUUGUAAGGUUGAAUCAUUGGUGUGUAUGUAGCCAGAGUCGGUAAUAAAAUAGUUUGUACUAAUUUCACAUAAUAUUAAGUACAUAGACUAAAUUUAAAGAAUAAUAUUGAAAAAGAAAUUGAACUGUAAUUUACCACUGUCUGCUAUUCUUUGCAGCAUUUUGUUUCUUUCAAGUGUUCUUUCAGAUGUUUUUAAGACAGCUUGGGAAAUGAACUUAUUUUUCAGUUAAGGCUGCAGCUUGUACAACUGCAGUGCUUUUCUCUUAUUGACUACAGAGUAAGCAUGUUUUCAUGGUGCUGCGAUUUUUGCUCUAUCAGAGCGCUCUUAAAAGACAAUACCUUAGGUGGAAUGAUCUUUGUCUUAUCUUAAUUGUUCUGAUAUGCCAAUAGAAAUGGUGUUUUCCACAGAAAGCAGAAGUCUGCAAAUACUGACUGCAGUAUUUGAGUGGACGCAGUAAUGUACUAGCUUCUCAUGUGUUCUCCUGUGAAAUAAUACUGCCAACUUAUAUUUACAUGUCUUUUCCAGUGCAGUCCCUGUAAAAUGAGGAUCCAGCUGAUUCCAAAGAACUCAACACUAACCUUUCAUCUCUUUCAGUUCCAUAGCUGUAAAAUAACUAAUGCUUUUUUUUCUCUAGUUGGUGAUGAUUUCAGGACAGUUUUCUAUCCAUGUAUAAAAGUUCAAAGCCUUGUAAAAGAGAGCUGCCACCUCAGUUAGGCAUCUGUAAAAGCUUGAUGCAAACAGAAGAUCUUAAUCUACAGAAAACAUCAGUAUUGGAAACUCAGGAGUGCAUUCCCUCAUUGUGUUAAAUUGAGCUCCAUAAAUCUCACUGUGGAUGUUUAAGAUGAGUUUGUAAGUCAAGGGCCAUUUUGCUCUCUAAAUCAGUCUAUGCCAGGAAGACAUUUUCAUCUUGAUUUGUUAGGUAACUCCCUUGCAUGGUAAUGACAGUCCGGGAUAUGCUAUAGUUUCAUGCAGGCCUAAUACUGCAAAAGAGCAUUUGCCUCAGUUUUCUCAUGCAUAUUAAAGAAUGGAUAUAGGACUUGAUGAUGCUUCUUAUGAGAUGGGUCUUCCAAAAACUCUUUUCUGCCAGUAUCUGUAGAUAUUCAAGUUGUCUGCCAGCAGUGUGUCCUCUACUUUAAAAGUAACUACACUUCAAUACAAGUGUGAGUGGGAUCCUACAGAAGUUUUUCAUUAAAACUAUAAUUAGACAUACUUCCUCCUGUAGGAUUCUGUCUGGAUUAGUGGGUGAGGACCAGUUGGCAACUUUCUAGCACUGUCUUUUCUGACACAAACAGUGCAAUCACUGGAAAGAAUACAUGCUGUUCUCUUUCCACCCCUUUCUGCAGUCCUUAUUGACCAUAUUACGCUUUCCAGGAGUCUCAAUUAUUUUAAUAGCAACUAUUAUUUCAUCUAGCUACAAAUGGAACCUGUUUUUUUUUUUGUAACUUAGACGUACUGCUUAAAAUCUACAUGAUGAGCAUGUCUAUAGACAGGCUAGUUGCAAAGCUACUGUGCCUAUGUUUUUCUUCCUUUUUUGGUUGCCUGAAACAAGUACACUCUUUACAAGGUUAUCUGCUAUAAGUUACAGGAAAUUCAUACUGUGAAUGAAAAGGAGACCCAAGCAGUCUGUCUGUCUGCAUGUCUCCCUCCCUCUGUCUCUCGUGGCUUGCUCAGCUUAUUACAAAGAAUGUGUUUGGCCAGUGGAAGUAGAGUAGGUGAGUCACAAUCCAUGAAAUGGCUGCAGUAAAACUAGUUUAGUGUGCCAGAGGAAAAGUGAGGGAGGAAAAUUAGCCUAUUUUUUUUGUUUUUGCAGCUGUAAUAUGUUUACCCCUAUUCACUGAUGAUUUUGAAUUUCAUUCUAUUAAUUUUUGUAUUUCUGGUUUUAUAUUGUACAAAUGGCAUAUAGGAAGGUCUGGUAAACUAAUUACUGAACAAUCAGUGAGGCUUAAAAGUUUUUAGUUCUAAAGUCUGUAGGUUUUGUAUUCAUAAACUGAACACGUGAACCACUAUCACAAGUCCUGUUGCAUCUUCUGUCUUCUCCUCCUCUUCAAAGAAGGACAAAGGUGGGAACUCUUGAGUCAUUGCAUUACUGAUUUCAAGUCAAUCAAAAGUAGUCAUUUUAAAGAGCACAGUCAGCUGAACUUGCAACUUUCAACUGUAGUUAAGGUACUAAGUCAGCUGGGGAGAAAGUAAACGAAGCAGGGUUUCUAAAAACUAGAAUAAACUCUACUUUGAAAAUUGAGUGUGGGAUUUCUGUAAACCUCUGGCUUCAUUUCCUCUUAUAUACAAUAUGUCAAGCUUCCAGGUCUUAAAUCACAAGUCACUUUGUUUUAUGUAUUUAUUCAACCAAGUGUAAGGUCUGAUUGUUUACAGGGUGUUUUAAAAUGUAAGUUGUUUGUGUAAGCUGGCUUAGAUCUUUUUUUGUCUCUUUUCCUCCCAUUUUGUUAUGGGGCUAGAGAGUUAGGAUUCACACUGUGUCACUGUGUGUUUGCCCUUUGUGUGCUAACAGGCCACCAUCAUUUGUUGAAGAACUGUCAAUGAAUCUAGGGUUUCUUGUGACUAUUACUAGGUAAAGGAAGAAAAUCUAGACUGCUGUUCUUGUUACCCUGCUGGUGGUUUGUCCUGUCACUCUCUGAGCAUAAGGCAAUAGCACUUAAACACCAAGGUGUGUUCAGCCAUCUUUAAUGGCUUGUUCUGCACUAAUAGAGCAUACAUAUAUUCAUAUACAUAUUCAGCGUGUGGUCUUGGAUAAUCAAAUGUUUGCUAUCAAAAUUGUGCAUCAGUACAGAGCCAUUACUAUGCUUAUAAAAAUCAGCUUUGGGUUAAGUCAAUAAGAUAGAGAACAAAGAUUAAAGAAAACAGGAAAAAGGCAUUAUAUUUGACAUAUUUAUUGCAUGUUCGCCAACUGUGAAAUUUUUCGUUUUCUUUCUCUCCCCUCCAUGUGAGUGGGCUUUUUUAUUCUAUGCUGUAGGCUUUGAAGAACAAAUGAUGGAGGAAUAGAGGGCAUAUUUGACUGACCACCCACCUUUAUGUCAUCAAACUGGAGAUUUACUUAGGCAGUGUGAAAGCCAACUUAAGUCAUCCUAGGGUGAUUUACUUUAAUUUUAAUUUAUUUAAUUUCCAAAUGCUACAUACUAUGUUGAGCUGUGGAGCCAUAGUUUCUGGGACUGCCUCUUCUAUCGUCCCUUUAGAAACCCAGAUACUGCAACAGGAAAUCUUGGUUGCAAAAAGUUUCUGAUCUGUUCUUAAACAGUGGCCAAUUCCUGAUCACAAAAGAUUUGUAUAGGCAACUGACAGUCAUUCUAAUUCUUCCUUCUCCUAUGUAAAAUAGUGCAAGUUUAUGUUACAAAUGUGUAUGUAACACCUGCAAGUAGAAGUAUUAAUUUCUGUUCCAGCUUCUCCCAGCGUGCUGGAAAGUAAACUAAAGUAGUAGAGGUGCAAAGCUAACAGCUCCUCCCUGCACUGUUUGAUAUGGGACUUUUUUUUAUAUGCGCUCUAUUUGCAGCAAAUAUAUGUAAAUGUGACAUAAGACCUUGCGAAGCACACUGCCAUUCUCCUAGAAGCAUGCCCCCUUCGUAGCACUAUCCUUAUCCUUAAAAUACUACCAAGAGCAUGCUGUGUCUGAUCCAUGCUGGAAGUGGACCAGCAGCUAAGAAAGCACAUGCAUGUGUUGUCUCUCUUCUAGGAAGUCUUAGUAAAGCAAUAUAUAACUUUGUGGAAAUGAUUAUACUGUAGUAACUGCUGCCAUCAUUGUUAGAUUUUGAAAUCAGAUCUGAUGAAAAGACAUUGUCAUAUAGCUCCUCUUACAGAGGUGAAAAGCUCAGAGCAUUUCAUCACCAGGCAGAAAAGAGAUGGAGGGAGUACAUGCGAGUCCUGGCAAUCCUUUCAUACCUGCUGCUACUGAUGUAUCUGCUGCUGUGGGGCAAGACUGGAUGGAGCUGGGGGGAACAAGGGCUUGGGAGAGAGAACUUUUUGAGGAAUAGUUGGUAAAAACCUCCCCCGAGUGCCCUUCUACUGUUCUUCCUGUGGGAGGAAUGAGUCACUGAUAUGAGCAGUGAAUAAACAAAGGGUGACAGAUCAUAAAUGUAACUUAUUCACUGGAGCUCAACAUUCAUCUAAUGCAGUGGCAUGUUUCUGUGUGUUCAUGGUUUGAGAUUAUAGCUGUUUUCCUGCUGAAAUCUUGGGAUAUGAAUAUAGAGGGACUUGCAGUAGUUGAACGAGCAGGAAUAUUGAAAAGUUUUGCCCGUAAUACAUGCCUUAACGUGCACCUAAGAGAAGUUGUAGGACUCUAUAGCCAAACUUAUGCUGUGGAUUUGUGAAGGAUAACACAAAUAUCAAAUGGUUAAAACUGAAAUAAUGCAAAUGUAUAGAGCCCCUGAAACAAACUGUCAAGUUCUGCUUAAUAAAGGAAAGGUAAUUAAUCACUUCUGCUGUAAAUGCACGAGUGUCUCUGAUGGGACAAGACAGUGGACUUUGUAAUUGCCACUCUUGGGAAAUUUUGCAACCAGUGAUCUCCCAUGUCAGCAGAGGCACAGAAGGCCAUAAGCCUACAACAGUCCCAUUGGGCAGGGAAGCAGGGUGGCCAGGUCUUGCCGAAGGUCUAAACCUGCUGUGUCAGAAGAGGGCUGUGCCCAAAAUAUUUGGGGGGGAAUCUUUCUUCUUUGUGUACCUUGAUCAUCAGGCAUCUUGUAAGCAUAGUUUUCCUGUAAAUCUACAAAUCUAAAUUUUCUACAGUUUUUAAUACAUCCUUCAUUUGUUAGCAGGCUGCCACUAUUGAAAAGGACUUUCUGCUCUCUCUGUGGAGCACGUAUUUCUUUUUUGUUACUCAUUCUUAACAAAGGUGGGUGCCUCUGAGUCAUUUAUAGCUCUCAUUAAAAGCCUCUGUAGUAUGAUGCAAGGACAUAAACCAUCAAAGGGUGGACACAGUGGAUGAAGUGAGAGGGGCUCUUCUCCUGCCUAAUGAAGGACAUGCUAUGCUGCUGCUACAGCACAAGAGAAAAACGAACAAGUAAGGGUGGGUCCUGUCCUGGGGGAUCAAUUCUAAAAUAGGUAGAAAAGGCUUUCCAAGUAGGCUUGGUCUCCACUGACUUGGCAUGUUAGGAAUCCUAUUGUUGGGUGCAGGAUGCCAUUUGGUAAUCUUUUUUUUGAAACACUUGUUUCUGUGGAGAAGUUUUAGAACGGGAAACCGUGACCUUGCACUUAAUGUCUUGAGGGAUUCUUUCACUUUCUACUGAAAACAAUAACAAAAAAAACUUGUACUCCCACCAAAGAAAGCAGUUGGAAGGGCAAAGAUAUAGAGUGGUCUUCAAAGAUAUCCUAGCUUUGAACCACAGAGGGAAGUUUGCUGGGUGUGCUUUGCAGCACGUUGUUUGCUGGCUGCCUCCAUGCUGAUGUCUUUAAUUUCAGCAGAUGAUGCUGACAUGGUAGAGGGUGAGUUGUGUAUUUUUCUUGAAGAAAAUACCAUCAUUGGUUAU